GCUUCAGAACAAGCAGCAGACUCUUUUCAACAGUUAAUCGUACAAUUCUGCCAAGAUGCCUAAAUUCUUCUGCGACUACUGCGAUGUCUACCUCACGCACGACUCCAUGAGCGUACGCAAAGCUCACAACAGCGGUCGAAACCACCUUCGAAAUGUAGUCGACUACUAUCAACAAAUCGGCCACGAGAAAGCCCAGUCAGUCAUCGACUCUAUCACAAACUCCUACGCCGCAGAAGGUCAAUCAGCCUCAAACCCAAUGCUGAAUCAAAACCCCGGCGUCGGCCCCCCUCCAUUCCCACCAUUUCCCGGAGGAGUCCCUCCCCCUUUCGCCGGUUUACCAGGUAUGCCACCGAUGCCAGGCGGCGGACCACCAAUCCCGUUUCCUCCACCAGGUGGUUUAGGUCGCGGCAUGCCUCCUAUGCCUGGUAUGCCAUUACCUCCAUUUCCUCCUGGAGGAUUACCGCCAAACUUCCAGUUCCCUGUCCCGCCAAAUGGGUUCCAGCCACCGCCAGGCUUCCCGCCUAUCCCUGUUCCCGGUCAAGGAUUUCCUGCACCUCCUCCUGGUGCGAAUGGACAGCAGGGGAACGAUAGACGAUGAAUGAGGCUAUGGAAGGAAAACAGAGAAUAUUAGCUGAGGUGGUGAGAUGUGAGAGAGAAGGCUGAAUAAGUGAGAGUGUGAGGAAGCUCUGGUUGAGUGGGGCGUUAAGGUGCAUUCAGGGCGCUGGGACUAAAUUGUAUUUUAUGGUGACUAAUUCUGGCGUGGGAGAAUGCCUGAAUAUCUCUGGACAAAAGACCAGAGCAGAGAUCUGCACGGUCACAAUGAAGCUCAUUACAAGCUAAAAUGAAACAACCAACUUCGUAUCAGCGUUAAAUGCAACAAUACGUGAGUUUCGUUGCAUAGGAGGUAACUGAGAGUCAAUGACCAGAUACCAAAAGUCACAAAAGAGAAUCUCAAAACUCAAGUCAAAGAUAUCCAUGUAGAAUCAGUGCAUUAUCAUUCCAUUAUGCCUGAUGAUCUAUGCCCACAAUUACACACAAAGAGUGGAGAUGCCACGCAUCUUGCAUCUUUCCCUA